AUGAAGCUUUCAAGAUCUACACUACUCUUAAUUUUCGGUGUCCUUGUGCUUUUAGUUACAUGUGCAACCUCAAGUCCACGUAAUGUUGACGAUUUCAUCCAGUGUCUUUCAAACUAUUCGCAGCCUUCCAACCCAAUCUUUGACGCCAUUUACACUCCCGAAAAUUCCUCUUUUCAAUCUGUUUUGCUGUCAUAUAUAAGAAACAAAAGAUUUACAACGCAAUUUACCCCAAAACCUUUGGCAAUUGUAACAGCCUUGCAUGAAUCCCACGUCCAAGGAACUGUUAUAUGUGCAAAGAAUCAUGGGCUGGAGAUUAGAAUACGAAGUGGUGGCCAUGACUUUGAGGGCCUUUCAUACACCUCAUAUCUGUACUUUGUUAUUCUUGACCUGUUCAAUCUAAGAUCCAUCAAUAUAAAUUUGGCAGAUGAGACCGCCUGGGUUCAGGCUGGUGCAACUGUUGGCGAACUUUAUUACAGAAUUGCUGAGAAAAGCAAGGAACAUGGAUUCUCUGCUGCGGCGUGUCCUAGCGUUGGCACGGGUGGGCACUUUUCCGGAGGUGGGUAUGGAAACAUGAUGAGAAAAUAUGGUCUUUCAGUGGAUAAUAUCAUUGAUGCACAAAUUGUCAAUGUCAACGGUAUAAUCCUUGAUAGAAAGUCUAUGGGUGAAGAUCUGUUUUGGGCCAUUAGAGGAGGUGGCGGAGGAAGCUUUGGGGUUAUUCUUUCAUGGAAGAUCAAGUUGCUUCGUGUUCCGCCUAUUGUGACAGUGUUCCAUGCUAAUAGGACCCUGGAACAAGGUGCAACGGAUAUUGCUUAUCAGUGGCAACAUGUUGGUCACAAACUACCUGAAGACUUAUUCAUAAGAGUGAUGCCCCAAGUGUUCAAUGCAAGCCAAGACUCCCAAGAGGGCAAGAAGACAGUAGUAAUUGCAUUUAUUGGCCUCUUCCUAGGGCAAACACAGGGACUACUUUCGUUGUUGAAUGAGAGCUUUCCCCAACUAGGACUACAACAAAAUGAGUGCAAUGAGAUGAGUUGGGUUGAAUCUACAGUAUUCUGGGCUGACUAUCCUAUUGGAACAUCCAUAAAUGUUUUACUAGAAAGGCCAAAGCAGCCUGUGGUAUAUUACAAGAGUAGGUCUGACUAUGUAAAAGAAGUCAUUCCAAAGGAAGUGUUGGAAUCCAUAUGGAAGCUAAUGAUCAAAGGAGGGCUUGGAUGGAUGCAAUGGAAUCCUUAUGGGGGAAGAAUGCAAGAGAUUUCUGAAUCAGAGACUCCAUUCCCACACCGAGCCGGAAAUUUAUUUUUGAUUCAGUACGGUUUCCUCUGGAUGGAGGACGGAGUUAACAUCACCGAACACAAUAUAGAUUUAUCACAAGCCUUAUAUGAUGCGAUGACUCCAUAUGUCUCCAAGUCUCCAAGAGAAGCAUUCUUCUGCUACAGGGACCUUGACAUUGGUGCCGCCACAGAUAAUGCUACAGCUUUUCAAAAAGCUCAAGAAUAUGGACCUAGCUAUUUUAAGGGUAAUUUCGAGAGAUUGGUUCGUGUGAAAACCACGGUAGACCCAAAUAAUUUCUUCAGAAAUGAACAAAGUAUUCCAACUCUUCCGAAAUACAAGUAG